UGCAAAAAGUUUUACAUACAGCAAGGAGUCUCCAAUAACGCAAAUGCACGACGCACUGCUGGCCCCCACAAAGCUAAAGGGACCCGCUUCAUUUCACUGUCGUAUCGGGCCCUGGGAAAGCGACCGGAACGUUUGCCGAGGAACCGACCCCUUGAAUGGUGGGUUUUCUUAACCCCAACACAUUAGAGGAACAGUUGGUUUCGUACCAAGCGUCCGGAGGCAAAACAAAAAGCCAAAGCUGAGUUACUUGUGAUUAAUGUCACAAGUGUUGGGUUUUCGCUAUAUUUUUGAGUGGUUAGGGUUUUUGUUCGCUAAUUCAGGGUUUACGAGAUCCCGGUAAGUUCAGAGCCUUGGAAGAAGAAGAGGAAGAUGGAAGCGAUGUCGAUGGAAUCGCUGCCUCUGGGGUUCAGAUUCAGGCCGACGGAUGAAGAGCUCAUAAAUCAUUACCUCAAGUUGAAAAUCAACGGCCGUCAUUCCGACGUCCGGGUCAUCUCCGAAAUCGACGUUUGCAGAUAUGAGCCCUGGGAUUUGCCUGUUAACUGCUUAAUUUGUGAAAAAAAAGAGCUUUCGGUGAUAAAGACGGACGAUCCAGAGUGGUUCUUCUUCUGUCCGCGUGAUCGGAAGUACCCAAACGGGCAUCGUUCCAACAGGGCCACUGACGCCGGAUACUGGAAAGCGACCGGCAAGGACCGCACCAUCAAGUCCCGUAAGUCUGGGUCUAAUACCACCUUGAUCGGCAUGAAGAAGACCUUGGUUUUCUACAGAGGCCGUGCUCCGAAGGGGGAGCGCACAAACUGGAUCAUGCACGAGUAUCGUGCUACCCAGAGACAACUUGAUGGUACUCAUCCCGGCCAGGCUCCUUUUGUACUGUGUCGCUUGUUCAGAAAGCCAGAGGAGAAGGCGGACAUUGUAAAGUAUGAUGAAGUGGAUAAUACUGGCUCAUCUCCUACCACUACCAAGUCCUCUCCUGACGAUUUAUCAUCGGAUGUGGUUCAAGAAACACCAAUGUCAGAUGUGCAAGUUGGUAACCAAUCUGAAGGUAUAAAGAGAUGGUUGACCGAUGAGUUGGAUAACGUCACCCCUAAUGCUCAUAUGCCUGUUGACACAAGUAGCAUUAGUUAUAUGGCGUCUGAUGUGGAAGAAGAUCAUGUACAAGAAGGUACUGGUAUAGAGGUUCAUCAGCCUCUGGGAGAUAAUUCAACGAUCUAUGAGCCUGCUUCUUGCCAGAUCGAUUACAUAGAUUUCUCCCCGUCGCAACCACAGAAUCACACACAGCUGGCCCCUUAUAAUCUGGGUUCACCUUUUGCCAGUGACUUUGGCAACGACAAUAACACAUUCCAUUCUCUUGGUGACACAAGUGAACAGGACAUAUCUUUUACAGAGUUGUUCGAUGAGGUGUUCAAUAACCAUGAUUUGGACUCGUGGGAUGAAUCAGCCACUCAGAAGAACUCAGUUGUGGGAAGUGGCACCCAUUUGUCUAGUCAAGUAUGUAAGGUAGAGGCUGUACCACCUGGAAGCUCCUAUGUUAGGGAAAGUGAUGCAUACAGUGAUGUGGCCCGAAUUCAGCAUGAUGAUAAUUGGCAGUUAUUACAAAGGCAAAAUUCAUUUGGAUCUUUCCAUGCUUUUGCGCCACUUGUUGACUGGGAACUUAAGGGGGAAAAUAUGGCCGACCUUUGGGAUAAUUCUGUGGGAUUUGAUGCUUCACCUGCCAAUUCUGCUCUGGGCUUAACCUAUGGGCUCAAUUCUGAAGAAAUGGCAGAGGAGAAGAAUCCGGUUAACUACAGCAGUGGUCCUGUUGGUGGAUCUGUUAUCAAGAUUAGGAGCCGGCAGCCUCUACAUCAACCAAAUUCAGACAAAUUUGGAACUCAAGGCACAGCGCCAAGAAGAAUCCUUAUGCAGAUGAAUACUUCUACUGGGUCAGCUUGCUAUAGUGAAGUGAGAGGAGGAAGCUGUAGUGAAGGAGAAGAUGAAGUACAAUCAACUGUUCUCGAGGACAAACAAUCUUUGGACUGCAGGCCUACCUUUUCUGAGCCAGAGGAAGACAGUGAGCUUUUGAAGGUUCAAGGCACCGCUCAUCAUAGUAAAGAUAGUGGUGCAAUCCACAGUGAAGAUGAAGAUGAAGUGCAAUCAACUCUUACUGAGGCCAAAGAAGCCUCAGAGCACAGCCCUACUUUUUGUAAGCUAAAGGAAGAGAGUGAAGAAGCCUCUGAGCAUGCGUCUAGAUUUGCUGAGCCAGAGGAAGAGAGUGAAGAAGCUUCAGAGCAAGGUUCUAGCUUUGUCGAGCCAGAGGAAGAAUACAAGCUUUUGACUUCUGAGGAGUACAAGGGAACUAAUGGAGAAUCCUCGGCAAAACUUAGGUUAGGAGUGACACAAGGUAUUCUGCAGGGCAGCAGGCAGAUAGGGGUGACCCAUUUUGUGAAAUGUUCUUCUCGUGCCCCACGUUCCUUGUUAAUCUAUACAGUUGGAGUUUCUCUAGUUGUGCUCCUGUCUGCAGCCUUUAUUGGGGUAUGGAUAUGAUUUAGAUCCUGAUGUUUUGCAGCAGUAGCUGUAGGGAGUCUGUUCCCAUGCGUGUUGCAUGCUUGGAAACAAGUUUAGGUUUGAAAUUGAUUUCCUGUAUGCAUUUGUACAUGUGUCUAGAAUUGCCAAAUGUUGUGUACCCUACUGAACAACUUCGUUUUGCUUUCUUAGGUUUCUUUUUGUGUAUCCCCGCGUUUGCGUUGUUGGAUAUUUUAUACAUAUGUAUGUAUAUCAGAUUCCGAGUUUUAGCUAAA